CCACAAUGCAAUGCAAUGCUUUAGCCACAAUGGUUGCCUCCUGAUGAGAAGAGUUGUUUAAAGUUUUUUUGGAUAUUAAUGCAUACUUUAUAGCAGUAAACAAAAUUAGAAAACUAGGAAUAUAUUAAUAAAUGUCAGCGAUGUGGUUGCUUUCAACGGCGUUCAUGUCGUUGUUUUUUCAAGCUUCGGCGGCGCAACAGAAAGAUAACUUGGACAACCCUUGGGAUUAUUUUCAUGCCUGUUUCUUUUCUCUUUGGGAAUACAGGCUAUAUGUAUAUCUGGCAUUGACAGUCAGUAUAUGCAUCUGGAUUGUAGCUCAGAAAAUACAAAAAAGGAAGGAAUUUGGUAACCCAGAAAACCCCUUUCAAAAUGAAAACUUUGUGCAGAAACAAUCCAUUCAUGUUUCAGGUGUAAAGAUUUUUUAUGGCUCCCAAACGGGAACAGCCAAGAGGUUUGCUAAUGAUCUUGCUAAGCAAGUUGAAGGCUUGGGUCUGUCAUCAGAUGUUAUUAACUUGAAAGAAUAUGAUCCAGAAGACAGCUUGGCUGAAGAGAACACUAGCCAGUCAGUUUGUGUGUUUUUGAUGGCUACUUACACUGAUGGGAAACCCACCGAAAAUGCAGAAUGGUUCUGUAAAUGGCUGGAAGAGGCCUCUGCUGACUUUAGAUAUGGCAAGACAUACCUGAAGGGACUGCGGUAUGCAGUUUUUGGAUUGGGCAACUCUGUCUACACUGGCCACUACAACACGGUUUGUAAGAAUGUUGACAAAUGGCUAUGGAUGUUGAGUGCCAGGAGGAUCAUGACCCGUGGAGAGGGCGACUGCAAUGUGGUCAAGAGCAAGAACAGCAGCAUUGAGGGAGAUUUUGCAGUCUGGAUGGCCAAAUUCCUGAAACGACUGCAGGCACUUGCAAAGGGAGAAAAAAAAGUUUGCACUGGUAAGUGCAAGAAGGGGAAAUGCAAAAACAAGAAGAGUCAUGCUAAGGAGAAAGAAGUACAGGAGACUCCUGGAUCUGAGAAUGAAUUUGAGACCACCAGUGAUGAAGAGUCUGGUCAUGAGGAGGAGGCUUCCCACCGGGCUGUGAUUGAUGUGGAGGAUUUAGGAAACCACAUGAAAAGAGCAAAGAAAAUUCUUGAAGUAGAAGAUCACCAUGCAGAGGUCCAGGUAUCUAAGCAAGCUGUUAGCAAUAAUGAUCACUCAGACGUUAGAGAAAUGGUGACUCCAGCCUUGAGGGAUGCUCUUACAAAACAAGGGUAUAAGCUGAUAGGAAGCCAUUCAGGUGUGAAGCUCUGUCGUUGGACCAAGUCAAUGUUAAGAGGAAGAGGAGGGUGUUACAAGCAUACCUUUUAUGGUAUUGAGUCACACCAAUGUAUGGAAACUACACCAAGCUUGGCCUGUGCAAAUAAAUGUGUUUUUUGUUGGAGACACCAUACUAACCCUGUUGGGACAGAGUGGAGGUGGAAGAUGGACCAGCCUGAAAAAAUCUUGGAGGAGGCAAUUGAAAACCACAAAAAUCUAAUUAAACAAUUUAAAGGAGUACCUGGUGUUAAGCUAGAGCGAUAUGAAGAAGGCAUGUCUGUUAAACAUUGUGCUCUGUCCUUGGUAGGCGAGCCUAUCAUGUAUCCUGAGAUUAAUAAGUUCCUGAAGUUGUUACACCAGAAAAAGAUUUCUAGCUUCUUGGUAACCAAUGCUCAGUUCCCCGAGGAAAUUAGGAGUCUCCAGCCAGUCACACAGCUCUAUGUCAGUGUGGAUGCCAGCACCAAAGAGAGCCUCAAGAAGAUUGACCGUCCACUCUUCAAAGAUUUCUGGCAGAGAUUCCUUGACAGCCUGAAAGCACUGGAAGGAAAGCAACAACGAACGGUAUACAGAUUAACUUUGGUAAAGUCUUGGAAUGUGGAUGAAGUAAAAGCAUAUUCUGAAUUGGUCUCCCUAGGUAAACCCGACUUCAUAGAGGUCAAGGGUGUGACCUAUUGUGGAGAGAGCUCAGCAAGCAACCUGACGAUGGCUAAUAUACCUUGGCACGAAGAAGUUCUCUACUUCGUUCAGCAGCUUGCAGACCUGUUGCCAGACUAUGAAAUUGCAUCUGAACAUGAACACUCAAAUUGUCUCCUGAUUGCUCACAGAAAGUUUAAAGUUGAAGGGAAGUGGAGGACAUGGAUAAAUUAUGAAAGGUUCCAUGAGUUAAUGAAGGAGUUUGAGAAGAGCAACGGAUUAAAAACCUUCACUGCUGAAGACUAUACAGCCGAGACCCCAUCAUGGGCUGUAUUUGGAGCCAAAGAAAGAGGGUUUGAUCCUGUAGAAAGUCGCUUCCAAAGGAAGAAUAAAGCUAAGGACAUAUCUGGAUGUUGAGUUACAAUCAGAUUCUAUGAAAUUAAUUGUUGUUCAAAGUUUUAUGCUAUUAUGUGGUUUACAUUUUACAUUUUUUAGGGGAUGUGGUUCUAUUUUAUUGUAAAUUUUAACAGUCAAGGUCAAAAAGAUGGUGUCGGCAUAAUGCCAAUAGUGAAACUGGGGCUAAAGAAUGAAUCCAAAACUGAGGCAUGUGUUUCCUUAUCUAGUGCAAGUAUUACUUUUAGUUUUACUAUAAAGCUGAUCAUAUCUGCAAAUAAAUGUCAGUCUUGUGAAGAUUAA